GUCAGUUGCAUCUGUAAAGAAUCUGAAGAAAGAGCUAGAGAAAUCCAGGAGCAGAGCCUAUUCGAUAUCGACUAUGCAGGCAGCGGCAUUCAUCGCACUGUUCUUGAUAGGGAAGGCAGUAUGUGAAGACAAGCCAACUUACACCACAAAAUAUGACAACAUAGACUUGGAUGAAAUUCUGAGCAGCGAGCGUUUACUGACUGGCUACGUGAACUGCCUGCUCGACCAGGGCCCCUGCACUCCCGACGGGAAGGAGCUAAAACAUACUCUGCCGGACGCUAUCGACAACGACUGUCGCAAAUGUACGCAGAAGCAGAAGGAAGGGUCUGACCGAGUCAUGGGCUACAUCAUCGAGUACAGGCCGAAUGACUGGGCUAAGUUAGAGAAAAAAUAUCUUUCAGAUGGAAGUUACAAGAAAAAGUACUUAGAUAAGAAGAACGCAUCUGAAAAUAAUGGCGAUAGCAAAAGUACAGAAGCGAAGAACAAGGAUGACGAGGAAAAGAAAUCGAAAGGCGAUGGCGAAGAGAAAUAAAGCUGCAAAUAUUUAUUCACGACUCCUGACAAUGACCAGUGUCUGUUUUGCUAAUGGUACCUGAUUAGUUAAUAAAAUACCUAUGAAAGUCGCUAAUAUAGAAUAUCACUCUAA